AUGUUCGCUCCCGGACCUCGCAAGACUGCUCAGCGUCAGAAUUCCUCCUCUUCCAUUGCAUCCGCCGCCUCGUCCACAUCGACCAUCAUCGCACCUCCAUCACAGACCAACGGGAGCGCCGUUGCCGCUUCGGGUGACGCAAACAACUGGGCGACUCGGAAAAAGCCGACGCGUGGUUUAUGGCCUCCCAGUAAAGCCGAACCUGCCACUGGCCUUUCCACCGCGAGACCUCAAACGAUGAGUUCUCUAACAUCUGGUCCUACAGCAUCAUCCGCCAUCUCCGCCCUACACGCACCGCUACUCCCUUCACAACAAAUGACAAAUGGCACUGCCAUGCAAAAUAAUUCCGUCCUGCGCGACCGGCAGAACUUCAACGGCGCUGUCAUCCUCCAACUGCUGCCGAUGAACUCGACUUUCGAACCGAAGCGCAUCACCAUCCCUUGCCAUCCUGAUGUCGUUCGAAUAGGAAGACAGACCAACCAAAAGACGGUACCGACACCACACAACGGCUACUUCGACUCCAAAGUGUUAUCACGUUCGCAUGCCGAAGUCUAUGCGGACCACAACGGGCGAAUUUACAUUCGCGACGUCAAAUCGAGUAACGGUACCUUUGUCAACGGAAUGCGUCUGAGUCAGGAAAACAAAGAAUCCGAGCCGAGAGAACUCCGAGAGCAUGAUGUGCUAGAAUUGGGCAUCGACAUCGUGUCUGAAGAUCAAAAGACCGUCGUGCAUCACAAGGUUGCUGCCAAGGUUGAACAUGCGGGCAUAUAUCAACCUGGGAGUGACUCGGUCAAUUUCGGCGAUUUGGACUCCGGGGCGGGCGCCCUUCCUCUGGGAGGCCCGCAGAUGUUGAAACGCGCUGGGAGCCAAGGUUCCAUCAAUAACGGGCGUAUGAAUGGCGCUGCUGGACCUCCAGCUGGGAUGGUGGUCAUGCAACAGUCGCAAUUACCGAAAUGGCUGAGUCCCAUCACUACGGAACACAUUGCAAGGAAGAUCACCACCGAACAGAAAAUGAUCGAGCAGCAGUCUGCAGAUCUUCGAAGGGCGAGAGAGUUGAUCGAAAAGAUUCUUGGCGGCAAGGUGGACCCAUCAGCCAAGGCCGUCAAGGGAGGUUCCGAGAAAUCGAAAUCAUCUCCCUCCAAAGGACGGCUCGACGUGAGAUCACAUUUCUCGGAACCGCCCGUGCCGCCACCACAGGCACCACUCCCCGAGAAACCCGAUGUGGCUCGAGCUCUGGCAGACCCGGUCAUCCAGCCGCUAUUGCGAAGGGCUGACACUGCGAAAACCUCACCGAUCAACGGUUCGAUGAUCAGAAAUGAUCACUCCAGCGACAUUAUCCGCCUGUGCGAAGAGCUGAAACUGGCCAAGGGCGAACUCACAACCCAGAGCAAGCGCAUGAAGAAUCUCGAAUCCGAGCUUGCUCAAGAGCGAACCGCCCGGGAAAGUGCCGAGGAGCGCGCCGAACGACUCGAAAGGGCGGAUCGUCGCGACUCACCUACCAACAGCAGCCAUCCCGAAAACCAAAACGAGACCGCCUCCUCCGCCAGCAGCACGUCCUACGACGAAGCGGUCGCCCUGCGUGGGGAACUCGAGCGCGUGCAAGCCACCGUCGACGAGAUGAAGUCGCAGAUGGAAGCCUACCGCCGUCGCGCCGAAGGCGCCGAACACGACCGCGAUGAAGCCCGACAGUCGCUCGCCGAGCUCAUCGAGCAAAAACGCCAGGAGAACGCCGAACUGGCGCAUCUCUCCACCGGCUCACGUCCCUCGUCCUCGAGCUCCAACUCGGAGCACGCAGGUUCCAUCCACCUCAACGGCCGCGCCUCCUCCUCCUCCUCGUCCUCCCCAUCUUCCUCGCAGGGCAAAUCCCGCGCCCUCUCCCUCGAGUCCUCGACCACCUACAGCGACGAGACCGCCGCGACAUCCCUCUUCUCCUCGACGUCAUCCCACCCGGCCACCGCCUCCGCCCUCCUCUCCCGCGCCGGCAUCGACCACUCCGGCCAGCCCAUCACCGCCGAGCAAGCCCGGCUCCUGGCGAAAUUCCUCGCCCAGGAGUUCCUCCUGCAACACCCCGAUGACGAGAAGGAUGCUGCCGCGGCCCUCGCUCUCCUGACCGCCUCGACCGCUUCGGCGCGUCCCGAGGGUUCGCCCUCCGCUUUGGUGUAUUAUGGUGUCCCGUUUGGAAGUUUUGCCGCCGUCGUCCUCUUUGGCUGUGUCGCGAUGGGCUGGGUCAAUGGAUGGGCCAAGGUCGAGCGAUGA